CUAGAGCUUUCGCCUAUUGUUUUCUACUUUCUGUACCCUUAUUAUCCCUCUAUAAGUCGAUCCUUUUUUACCGAUCAAGAGGUGCGACUAGCAACGGAGCGGCGUCUAAAAUAUAUUAGAACGGCCAAAGUCAAUAUUAGUCAGAUUCAAUUUGACCCUCCUUUACCCCGGGACUUAGAUUUAAAGAACUUAGAACGGCUCUGUGGUAUCUUCCGUAAGAACCGUUAUCGCCGCCUCGAUAUCGAUAAUUAUAUCCCUACGAUUAUAUCUCAAACCAACCUAGCGAAUAUAUUGCGGAAGGCAAAUAUUCCUAUAUUGUCUUCUAUUCUUAUAUUUUCUAUACUAACCAUCAACAAAGAUAUCGGCGAGGAACUAAGAGCCUCCUUAGUAGAGGAAUAUACAAAUCAGAAGAAGCCGACCGAUAGAGAGAUUUAUCGUAAGAUCAGACAAUAUAAGGGCGAAGAUAAUAAGGCUUUUCGGGAGCGGUGGUUUACAACAAAAGAAACCGCUGUCUCCGGCGUGCUUUCGAUCGAUUAUAUCUGGAAGUUCUGGUCUUCCUUGGUCGCGUCAAGUCGUCCUUCAAUAAAGAAGAUUGAUUAG